AUGUCGAGCGAUAAGAAAUUAACGGCGCAAGCGUUACCCGGCGAACAUUCCAGAAAGAUCGCGAGCCGUACAGCUGCGAAUGUAUUGGCCGAUGAAGAUUGCGGCAUUGACACGGGAGGUAGCCUCACUAAAAAUGCAGGAUCUGAUCUUUGCGUUUACCCACGGUCCGCAGUGAAACAGAACCGCGCAAAGAUGGAGUACCAGCUGUUUGCAGCAAAUGGAACCUCAAUUGCAACGUACGGGUACAUCCACUUGCAGCUCAACUUUGAUUUGAGGAACUACCGCUUGAUCGACGGCCUGACAAACCUGUCUACAGUAGCAACAUCUGCGGCCCACUCAGUAGACAUUGCAUCAAUCAAGGCUGUGUCUGGGGAUACCGUGUACCAUCAACUUCUCCGAGUGAAUCUGAGCACAUCCAGCAUCUCAGGCAGCUUUUUCAACGUUUGGCAGACCACGGCAUGCUUGUCAAUACAGCGAAAUGUGAAUUUGAUACUGCCUCACGGUCAUCGAUCGCUUCACUCGUUGGCC